UGGCUAUACAUGUUAACAAUGCAGUAUUUAAAUAUAAAAAACGUGCCAACGUCCUUAAUCAAUUGUCCAUGUUUAUACCUAAAGGCAAAAUAUUUGCAGUAUUGGGGGCUAACGGUGUUGGCAAAACCACACUUAUCCGGGUCAUAUUAGGUGGGCUACAAUUACACAGUGGCUCCAUCAGCAUAUUCGGUGUACCUCCAGGUUCUGGAGGCUCAGACAUACCUGGCCCGGGUGUGGGAUACAUGCCUCAGGAGUUGGCACUGUUGGACGGGCUCACCAUUGAGGAGAUACUCGUAUAUUACGGCACUAUAUAUCAUAUGAAACGCACGGAAAUUGAUGACAAAAUCAAGGAUUUAAGCGAUUUAUUGAGUUUACCGAAAAAGACGCGGAUUAUAAGCGAGUUAAGCGGUGGUCAACAGCGCCGGGUGUCUAUAGCCAUGACUAUGAUCCACAGCCCGAGGCUUAUAAUACUGGAUGAGCCUACGGUUGGGGUCGACUCCCUAUUAAGGCAUAAGAUAUGGAGAUAUUUAGAGAACUUGUGCCAAACAAAUGAUCAAACAGUGCUCAUAACCACGCAUUACAUAGAGGAGGCCCGCAGUGCUCAUAACGUGGCGUUCAUGAGCGCCGGCACUAUAUUGAAACAGUCGGCGCCCGACCUACUAAUGGCUGAAUACCAGUGUCCGACACUUGAGGAGGUUUUCCUACAGUUAUGCCAAUCCUAUGAUAGCAAAAAUCAGACAAAAAUUACACCGCAAACAGAAAAUAGGACACAAACUGUCGAUACAAAUGACGUCAAUUUACCGACAAAUAAUAGGCUGUCCCUCGCUGUAGACCUGACCCGUGUUAAGGCAUUAUUAGUGAAAUACUGGGUACUAACUAAACGUCGACCUAUGUCCCUGGCCAGUUAUUACUUUGUAACGGCGCUGACCCUUUUAACAUGGAACUUGCUAUUUGACCGGGAUGUUAAUCGGUUACCCGUUGCCCUGUAUAAUGGUGAUGAAUGCCCACAAAAUUUGUCCCGGAUGUUUGUCCAGGCUAUCGAUGUGAAUAGGAUUAGUUUUAGGGAUUAUAAGGACAGGUAUAGUGCGGUCGAGUCGGUGCGCAAAGGGGUUAAUCAUAUGGCCGUUGAGUUUCGACACAACUUUUCGGAAGCUUUCGAGUCGCGGGUGACCGAUGUGUUUGGGGCCGAUGACCAGGAUAUUGAACAAAGUUUAAUACAUUUAUACGUGGAUAACACAAAGUUUCAAUGA